CCAGAACCAAAAUAGUUAAAGCAUCAGUCACAAGUGUUUCGAAUUUGAGAGCGCAUAUUAAGAUCAUAUAUUGGAAUGACUAUCCAUUGGCUGGAUCCUUCAACGUUAGAGCGGAGAUCUAUGGGAAUAGGAUGUAGAAGAAUACUUGGCCAACAUACAUAUGAUGUAAUUGCUGAUGCUAUUGAAUCAAUCCUGGACGAUUUUGAGAUAAAAAACAAAUGUUCAAUGAUGAUCACCGACAACGGAUCAAACUUUCUAAGAGCAUUUCGGCUUUUUGGGGGCUCGGGACCCGAUUCAGACUUAUGUUGUGAAGACACCGAAGAAAUUGAUGGGGGUGACAUUGUGCCAGACCCUGACAUUAUAGCUAUAGCACCGAUAUUGGAGGACUCUGAUGAUUAUGGACGUCUUCCUCCGCACCAUCCCUGUGCUGCCCACACCCUGAACUUGCUAGCAACAACUGAUGCUGAGGCUGCGAAAUGUGACCCUGCUUAUAGGAAAAUUAUGCGACUGGCGUUUGCUAAAUGCCAUGCCAUCUUCAAUAAACAAAACAAGUCUCCAUUGGCUGCAGACAUCAUAAAAAAGCACCUAGGCAGGCACUUUCUUGUACCUGGUGCAAAUAGGUGGAACUCCCAGUUUGACGCUAUUGAGCUUCUUGUAAAAUCAGAAGAUAAGCUGGACAGUCUAUGCAAGGACUUGGAUCUGCCUAUGUUUAAAAGGCCUCAAGAAAUUGAGUUUCUUGCUGAAUACUGUAAGGUGAUGGAGCCAAUCGCUCAAGCUUUGGACAUUCUUCAGGGUGAGAAAGAAAUGUACAUGGGCUUUCUUCUUCCAACGCUCACAGUUGUGAAAUCUGUUUUAACUUCCCUGCCAGAACUCCAGUGGUGUGAACCGUUGAAACAUGCUCUUCUCAAAGGAUUUGAUAAACGGUUCUCAAAGUAUUUUGAAAACAAGGAGUUCGAAAUAGCCGCCUGCCUAAUUCCUAGGUUUAAGCUGAUCUGGGUGCCACAUCUCGCAGAAAGGCAGACCAUCCGCAACACCCUGUCUGACGAGUUCCUGAAGGCUGUGAGAAAAGAGCCCUCCACUAGAACCACAACAGCAGGAAGCAAGGCUCCUCCAGAGUCAAAGAACACUAAAAUAGACAAGUUUUUUUCGGUGAUCGACGUACCCAAAGAGUCCAACGGCAACACUGACUGUUCCCAGAUGGAGAGGGCUAAGGCGGAAUCUGAGUUGGCACACUAUCUCAAUGACUCAGUAGACGUGAAAGAAAUGUCAGAACUCUGCAAGAACCUCUUCAUAAAAUUCAAUACAGCGGUUCCAUCAUCAGCGCACUGCGAACGCCUGUUCAGUGCGGCAAGCCUAGUCAUCACUAAUAGACGAGGAAGCGACACCAAUUUUGAAAAACAAGUUCUUUUAAAGUUUAAUAGGCAUUUAAAGUAAAUUAGUAAUGAAUGUAAAAUGUAAUGCAAAUGUGACAAUGUUUAAUUAAUAUUUAAUUAAAACACAA